UCGAUAUAAUUCCAUAGACAAGAGACAAGAAAAUCACGUCAACACAGUCAAACAAACUGAUCAUAUUCUGAAAAGUUUAUACAUUAAAUAAUUUAAGUAUCUAUGAUAGUGUUACUUAACACUAUCAAGCUUUAAACGUUUAAUGCACGCUUGUAAUCAUAUAAUAUAGGUAAAAAUGAAAAUUUAUAGCUUUUUAAUAUCAUUUAUCUUUGUAAAUGUUUCAUCAACAACUACUGAAAUGGAUUAUAUGAAGGAUGUUGCCAUUACAAACGCACAUAUCGAGCUUGCUUUAAAAACGAAUAAUUUUACUAUAAAAGAUAAAGUUGUAUUAAAUGGAUUGGAGCAUGUAAUUAAAAAAAUUAUUGAGAGCAGACAAUAUACUUUAGAAGAGAUGAAUAAUAUGUUAGUUGUACCAGAAUAUCUAGCUUUUUGUCAUGACUUGGGUGCAUUAAGGGAAUUCCAAAAAGGUGUGCGAGACAAAAUACAAUUGGAAUUAAAUAUUCCUGUUCCUGAAGUUCCAGACGAAAUAGAUUUUAGUAAGUUAGUUUUGGAAGAGCUCGGAGCAAAAAGAAGAAAAUUUACUGGGAUUGCUUUAAAAAAUAUGUUGAACCGGAUAAUAAGAAAACCAGAAAAUGUGACCAAUCUUAUAAAUGAGAGAAGACAUCUUGGCACAGACACUUUCGAAAAUAAAAUCAUCAGAGCAUUGGCUGGACCUGAAAAGAAAUUAUCAUUAUCAUGCAUGUGUCAUUUGAUAGCAUUGUUCAUGAGCACAAAAUCCCCAGAGUCACAUAUUAAACAUAUUCAGAUAAACCCUGAUGAUACUUGUACCCUAAAAGAUGACAACUUUGAUAGAGAGAAUAAAACAUAUAAAACAUACGGACAAAUUGAAGGUCAAUGGUGCCAAGUCAUCGGCAAUGAAGUACAACGACUCAAGGAACUGUUAUGAUAUUUAUACACAUUUCAUUUUUUUUAAAUAAUAUUUGAA